AUGCCAAGUACGGAAACUGCAUUCGUAUGUUUUGCGAAGGGUGAGCUGGGAGUCUCAUCGAUCAAGUCGGUUGAGACAGCAAAGGAAGGCUUCGAGCUGGGUCCCUCAAAUCAAAUCUCUGCUGGGUUGAGAGAAACUAAUGUGAUAUCCUUUAAAAGGCGGCUUGGAGCGCUUUAG